ACAAUAUGGCGGUGUAUACGAAUACGAACACAGUAUACUGUGACGAUGAUACGAAAUUCCACGUGUAUAAAUUAAUUAUCUAUAGACGCAGGUGUGUCUAUAGCAGUUUUAUCUAAAAUAUUACUUUUUUUAUAAUAGAAAUAGUAAAAAUAGUGAGAUUUCAAAAUGAAAAAAUGUGUUUAUUGUGGAAAAGGAAGUGAAAAUAAACAACGAACGUUUCAUAGAUUCCCAAACAAGGAAAAAUAUUCACAAUUAUUUGAAAAAUGGAUUAAAAAUAUGAACCUGGAUUUAAAUAUAAGAAUAUCAAAAGAUUCAAGGCUAUGUUCAGAUCAUUUUGAGAAAAAACACUUUUAUGUAGAAAAUAAAAAUACAUAUUUAAAAUCAGGAAGUGUUCCGACAAUAUUCAACAAAUACAAAUCGGAAUGUGCAAUAUGUAAGGUAAAGAAAGGGACAGAUCUUCGAUCUUUUCACAAAUUUCCUGUAAACAACUCACAACUUUUAAAUAAGUGGUUAUCUUACAUAAAAAUGGAAAAUUUUUAUCCUACUAUACAAGAUUUAAUAUGUUCAAUUCAUUUUGAAGAAAAUUGUUUUUUACGUCACGGACAAAAAAAAACUUUACGAUUGAAAAAGAACGCAAUACCAACAAUAUUUAGAGAAGAUGUUGUAUAUACCGAUCCAAACUUGAUUUCAAAUAUUGGAAAUUAUACAUUGCACAGUUUGAAUGAAAAUACGAUAAACAAUAAUAAUCAUUCUACAGAAUCCUACAAGAGUUUCAAUAGUUUAUCACAAAAUGAGAAAAUAACAAUAUUAAAUAUGGAAGUUAAUACAUUGCAUCAUUUAGAAAACAAUGCAAUUGAUAAUAACAAUUAUGAUAUUAUUGACUCUAUAACAUCAGAUUUUAGUGAGAAUACAAACAAAGACAAUAAUUCAACAUUUGUUACAUUAAGCCAGAAAAGUACAGUAGCAGAAGUACAACAAUUAAAUUUAAUUCAAUCGGAUCAUAACUAUUGCAGUUCACCAAAAAAGCUUCGUGAAAAAUAUCUUACAUUGAAGCAUUGUUAUAUGUUGAAGUCUAAGGCAUUGAAAAUUAGGAAUCAACGCAUAUCCAGAUUGAAGAAAAAAGUUGCCUCUUUGAAGGAUAUACUGCAAGUAUGGAUUACUACAACACAAGGACACGAGGACAAAAGCUAUAACAAUAUCCUUUAAACUUAUUUAUAAGUUUAUUAGUAGUAUUAUUUAUUAGUAAGAUUAUUUAACAAGAUGGUUA